CGGUCAGGGUUCACGCAGCAGUUGGCUCCCAUUCAAGAGCCGCAGCCGAAUCAGAAUCACACUUUAAUCAUCGAAGAAUUCGAGCCGGACGUGUUUCGUCAGGUGAUAGAAUAUAUUCAUACUGGCUGCGUGAUGCUGCAGCCGAGAACACUGUUAGGAGUAAUGAAUGCCGCCGAUUACUAUGGACUGAACCAGCUCAGAAGUGCCUGCGCUGGUUUCGUUCAAUGCUGCAUAACAGUGGACACAGUUUGCGCUUUAUUGGCUUCUGCGGAGCGAUACAUUCAGUACAAAUGCACAAAGUCUUUGGUUCAGAAGGUGCUGGAAUUUGUCGACGAACAUGGCAACGAAGUGUUGAACUUGGGAUCUUUCACUUUGCUUCCACAACACGUAGUCCGUUUGAUCUUAGCUAGAGAAGAAUUGCGGGCUGAUGAGUUUACCAAGUUCCAAGCCGCCCUGAUGUGGAGCAAAAAGUACUGCGACAGUAACCAGAACACAUCAUUGAAAGAAGUAAUAGGCAACUUCCUGGAGUACAUUCAGUUCCAUAAAAUCCCGACGAACGUGUUGAUGAAAGAGGUCCAUCCUUUGGACCUGGUGCCGUCCGAGAUCAUCAUGAACGCGUUAGCCUAUCAGGCAGACCCGAGCAGUGUCGACCCGGGCAAACUCUCUCCCCACAGAGUGAGGCGACAGGGUCGCUGCAUGUCGGUGCAGUCCUCCCUGGACCCGUACGGUAGCAACACGACAUUAAGCUCGAGCGGUUCCGACGCCGGCUCGGAUCAGAAGCAGCAUUCAGGUAAAAACAGCACAGCGGAGCAAGAAUCGGCCGGCGAACCGCAUCAGCCGCAGCAACAGUCGGGUGAACAGAAGCUAGAGGCGGAAGAGGAUCUGCAGCUUCAGAUCGAGCAGAGGAUCGAACUGCAACGGCAACGACAGGAGCAAGAGCUGUUGCGGCAGCAAUUAAAGAAGCUAGCUGAGGAGGCUAAAAGGCGGGAGAAGGAGGAGGAGGAGGAGGAGGAGGCGAAGUCGGGACAGAUGGAGAUGCAGGGACCGGAAGAAAGGUUGGGAGGAGAGGAAUCGAAAGAGGAAGAGGUGCUGGAGGAGACGAAGAAGCAAAAGCAGGAGAGGAAGAAGAAGAGCAAAAAAUUGAAGAAAGCACAGAAGGAGGAACGAAAAAAGGAGGCGAAGCGGAAGAAGCAAGAGGAGAAGGAAUUGAAGAAACAGCAACAAGGGAAGGAGGCGGUGAAAAAAGAGGAGGACGAAUGGUUGGAGAAACAACCACACGAGAAAGAGUCGAUGAAAUCCGGACAGAAAGAGGAAGAAUCGAAAAAAGAGGUAAAAGAAUUAAUGACGAAACAGAAUGAUCGGGAAUCGGAGUCCCGGAAGAAUCUCGAAGAAUCUGGCAAGCAACAUAAAGAUCAUCGGCAGGAUCCUUCACUGAACACUCAAGAGGAAGAACAUCAUCACUUGGAAGAACAAUCUACAUCGCGAAACCAGAAAGAAGCACACCGCGAAGAGAAGGAGCUGCUAAAUCAGCAGGAGAAGGAAGAGCAACAACGAAUUCGCAAAGAGAGGCGACUGCAGUUGCAGUUGCAGGAGUUGAAGUUGCACUUGGCUGUGCAACAGGAAGUUGUGUUACAGCGACAGGAAGAAGCUCUGUUGAAGCAAAUACAAGAGAGGCGACGAGAGGAGGAGCUGGAAGCUCAAGAUUUUCAGCAAAUGCAAUUGUACCUGGAGGGUCGAAAGCCUGAGCCAGAGGAACCGUUGCAGGAACGGGAGGUGGUAGAUCGAAAGCAGGUGAAAAAGACGGAGGAGACAGUGACGAUUCGAGUAGAGGAACCGGAAACACCGAAACAGGAACAACACGACCAGCAACAAGAGCAAGAGAUCCCUGCGCCUAGGGAAGGGGUGAGCGGUUUUUAUAUAAAACUGGUGGUGAAGCAAGAGGGUCGUGCGAAUUUGGUUUUGCUCUUUAAAACCCACAUGUUUUGA